AUGGCUCCGUCCCGGAGGGACUGCAGAUGUGACAUGAUCUUUCUGUCGGGAUGCCUACUCUUGUCCGUCUUGGGAUUUCAACCUGCAUUGGCGAAGGUUUGCAACGAUUACACAAGGCACGGCCUGGACAACAACUGGUACGCGAGGGAUGGUGAGAAGUUGCCUAUCAUGGUCCUGAUGCCGAUGAAUGAAUCAGCGCUGAUGAGCAGCAUCAGUCAGGGCAUCGAACCGGCCGUUCAGCUGGCCAUUCAGCACAUCCGCGAGUCCAGGCAGUACUCCUUCUCACUCAUCACCAAAAUCUACGACACAGAGUGUGACAAUGCAAAGGGAUUGCGGGCCUUCUUUGAUGCAAUCUGCUACGGUCCGAAACAUUUGAUGAUCUUUGGAGGAGUGUGUCCAUCAGUGACUUCAAUCAUCGCUGAAUCGUUGGAAGGGUGGAACCUCGUGCAGCUUUCUUUUGCGGCCACUACUCCUGUACUGGCAGACAGAAAAAAGUAUCCAAAUUUCUUCAGGACGGUCCCCUCAGACAACGCUGUGAAUCCUGCUGUGGUGAAGUUUCUCAAUUUUUACAACUGGAGCCGGGUGGGAACCCUGACACAGGACGUCCAACGCUUUUCCGAGGUGCGAAAUGAUUUGACCAAUGAGCUGGAGAAGGCAGACAUCCAGAUUGCAGACACAGAGAGUUUCUCUAACGAUCCCUGUGUGAAUGUGAAGAAACUGAAGGAUAAUGACGUUCGAAUCAUCAUCGGUCAGUUUGAUGAGAAUCUGGCUGCUAAAGUCUUCUGCUGUGCCUACAACCUUAACAUGUAUGGCAGCAAGUACCAGUGGAUCAUCCCGGGAUGGUACCAGGGGAACUGGUGGGAGCAGGCCAACUCUACAAACUGCACCACGAGGAAGCUGCUGACAGCCAUGGAGGGCUACAUCAGUGUGGACUUCGAGCCCCUCAGUGCCAAACAGAUUAAGGGAAUAUCAGGAAGAACGCCGCAGGAGUAUGAGAGGGAGUACAAUCGAGAGCGAGAUCAAAAGGGAGUCGAGACCAGCAAAUUCCACGGCUUUGCAUAUGAUGGCAUCUGGGUGAUCGCUAAAACACUCACGCGUGUCAUGGAGCUCCUGAGACACAAGGAGAGGCACGACAUGUACCACAACUUCACAGUGGACGACCGAGAGGUGGGAAAGAUGGUCCUCGAUGUGAUGAAUGAAACCAACUUCUUUGGAGUGACGGGUCAGGUGAUGUUCAGGAAUGGGGAACGCAUGGGAACCAUAAAAUUCACCCAGUUUCAAGAGGGUCAGGAGGUGAAGGUGGGCGAGUACAACGCCAUUGCGGAUGUACUGGACCUUAUCAACAACACCAUCAGGUUUCAAGGUGUCGAACCGCCGAAGGAUCGGACAUUUGUGCGUCUGCAGCGUCGGCAAAUUAACGUCCCGCUCUACAGCAUCUUGUCUACCAUCACGAUCCUGGGCAUGCUGAUGGGUGGCGCUUUUCUCUUCUUCAACAUCAAAAACCGCAACCACAGGCUGAUCAAAAUGUCGAGUCCCUAUAUGAACAACCUGAUCAUUCUGGGUGGCAUGCUGUCCUACGCCUCCAUCUUCCUCUUCGGGCUGGACGGAUCUUUUGUGUCAGACAAGGAGUUUGAAACCCUCUGCACUGUCCGUACAUGGAUCCUCAUUGUGGGGUACACAACAGCGUUUGGUGCCAUGUUUGCGAAGACCUGGAGAGUCCAUGCCAUCUUCAAGAAUGUAAAGAUGAAGAAGAAGAUUAUCAAGGACCAGAAGCUCUUUAUCAUCGUGGGAGGGAUGUUGCUGAUUGAUUUGUGCAUCCUCAUAUGCUGGCAGAUCGUGGAUCCCCUGAAGAGAACUGUGGAAGAGUACAGCUUGGAGGCGGAUCCUCAGGGACGAGACAUCGCAAUCCGGCCUUUCCUGGAGCACUGCGAGAACACACACAUGACCAUUUGGCUGGGAAUUGUCUAUGCCUACAAAGGCCUCCUUAUGUUGUUCGGAUGUUUCUUGGCCUGGGAGACGAGAAACGUGAGCAUCCCAGCACUGAACGACAGCAAGUACAUCGGUAUGAGUGUGUACAAUGUGGGCAUCAUGUGCAUCAUCGGGGCAGCGGUGUCCUUCCUGACUCGGGAUCAGCCUAAUGUUCAGUUCUGCAUUGUGGCCCUGGUCAUCAUUUUCUGCAGCACCAUCACGCUGUGUCUGGUAUUUGUGCCAAAAUUUGUUACAAUGCGAACAAACCCGGAUGCUGCUACACAAAACCGGAGGUUGAAGUUCACCCAGAACCAGAAGAAGGAAGAUUCCAAGACAUCCACCUCAGUGACCAGUGUUAACCAAGCCAACACUUCACGUCUGGAUGGACUACAGUCAGACAAUCAUCGCCUUCGAAUGAAAAUUACAGAGCUGGAUAAAGAACUGGAAGAGGUUACCAUGCAACUCCAGGACACUCCAGAAAAGACUCCAUACAUUAAACAAAACCACUACCAAGAUGCCAACAAUAUCCUGAGCAUACGCAACUUCACUGACGGCAAAGAUGGAGAGAAGUCUCUGAAGAACCACCUAGAGCAGAAACCCCAGGCUCAGUGGGGAUCCGCGGAUCCUUCUAGGAUAAGUAGAGGUCCACUAGAAGACAUCAACUCACCAGAACACAUACAGCGCCGGCUAUCCUUGCAGCUGCCAAUCCUGCAUCAUGCCUAUCUACCCUCCAUAGGAGGUGUGGACGCAAGUUGCAGCAGUCCCACAAGCAGCCCAUCCUCCAGUCCCCGCCACAGACACAUGCCUCCCUCCUACAGGGUCAUGGUGUCCGGCCUGUGA